UACCUUUUAACUUUGUGGAAAGACUCGGAUUUCGCCGUCACAUUCAAGAGUUAGCACCGAAAUAUAAUUUUAGAGGACGAAAUUUUUUACUGAUUUCGAGUGCAAUGAUAAAUAUAUAAAACUUGCUGGAAAAGUUUAAGAACUAAUUGAAGAGUAUGAUUACAUGUCGUUCACUACUGAUAUUUGGACAGAUCCCAGCUCAGGUGGUUCUUUGCUUAGCCUAACUUGCCACGGAGUAUCAGAAAACUUUGAACGGACGUCAAUUGUAUGAAAGUGCGAGACUUGACGACCGUCACUUAAUACUGGCGAUAUUAUGGCCGAAAAAUUUAACACCAUGCUGGCUGAAUGGAAUAUUUCAAAUGAGAAAGUUUAUUGAAUGAUACGAGAUGAAGGCUCUAACAUGAAAAGAGGAAUGCGAUUAGCAUUGCUAAAUGAUUUGGAUUGUACUGUUCACAAGUUGCAAAUUGUUAUUCGGCAUGGUUUACAAUCGCAGAAAAGCAUAGAAAACGUCAAACAAAAAUGUAAGAAAAUUACUACUCAUUAACCUACCAUUGCUCAAAAGCAACUUAAAAAAAUUCAGGACAGACUUAACCAGCCGCAUCUUAAAGUAUUCCAGGAUUGUGUGACGCGCUGGAAUAGCACGUUCUACAUGUUUGAGCGUUUUUUGAAGACAAAAGAUGCGUUAAGUCUUUAUGCCAAUGACAAUAACAUUGAAUCAAUUUUGCCUGAAGAGUGGAAAAUAAUAGAAUACUGUCUUGAAGUUUUAAAACCGUUUGUAGAAGCUACUCGUGAAAUGAGCAGUUCUCAGGCACUCAUAUCAUCUGUGAUUCCUAUCAUACAUAUGCUUUUGAAAAAACUUGAUGACUAUUUAACAAAACCACGAGAAAGUGAUGCUUUUCGGUUGGCAGUCUCUAAUCUGAAGUCACAAUUUACAGUGAAAUUAUCUUCUUUGGAAGAAAACAACUUAUAUGCAAUUUCCACAUAUUUAGAUCCACGAUAUAAGCACAAAUUUUUUAAACCAGUCACCGAAGAAAAAAUAAAAGACAAAAUAUUAAAGAUGGCAAAUUACCCUGUCCUCACGAAUUCUCAUAUGUCGCCGUUGGAAAAAACAAAAAGACUGGAAAUGGGAGAUUCUCUCGAUCACGAACCAGGAACUUCCAGUGCGGGUAAGAAGACCUGCUUGAAAAGCGAUCUUGCCAUGAUGUUGGAUUCAUCGAGAGAAGAUGAAGGUGAAUGAGAACCGGACCGCCCUGAUGCUCUUCUCCGCAAAGAAUUUGUUAUUUAUCGUACCAAAAAAAGACUGGAGUUAGAUGAGAAUCCUCUGAAUUGGUGGAAAGUUAACCGUUGUGAAUUUAAAAUUCUUUCCAAUUUAGCACGAAGAUAUUUGUCACCUUCACCAGCCAGUGUUCCCAGCGAGCAAAUUUUUAUUACGAAACUCGAAGCUUAUAAUUCUGUUGUUCUUAUGUAAAACUAAACACUUGUGUACUUUUUUUUAAAGAUAACU